CUGAAUAAUGCCACCAUGUUAAAAUUUAGUUAUUGUCUGUUGUUGCCAAUUCAGGGGUUGCGUCUGGACUGAGGAAUUAUACUUGUGUCUAAUUAGUGAUAUUCGAUGUUUAUCUGAAGAAAUUAUGUGUAAAUCUGAAAGUGUCUUACGCUGGAAGCUUCAGCACGCUAACAGCACCCAACAGUUUACUACAAUAGUAGGUCAACAGUAGUAUGGGGUUUGAGGUCAAAGGCCUCUCAUAGUGAUCAGUUAGUGUCAGUGCCCAGUAGUUUCUUUAACUAAGUUUUCAAUUGUGAUAUUAUUUGCUCAGGUUCUAAAUAAAUUAUUAGUGUAAUUCGGAAAACUUUAACUUAGUUAAGUCAGAAGGUUCAUCGUGAAUCAAUAGCUGAACUGUAAUGUUGGACCCCUGGGCUGAUACUGAUAAUGAUAGAUUUUCAUUUGAAGAUUCAGAUAGGUUUGAAGACGAUUCCCUCUGCAGCUGGAGCACAGAACCAGAAUCUCUUUGUAAUAACUGGAGAGGCUGGAAAAAGCAGUCUGUAGGACCAGCAUCUGUAUUUGGCUCAACCAAGAAACCAGCCAAUGAAAAAGCUUUUCAAGUGCCACCUUUAUGCGAGCUCGCAGCAUUUUGUGUAGCAUCUCAUAUCCCAUUUGAAUUAGUAGAACAAGUAUAUCCCCCUGUUCCUGAACAACUUCAACUCCGAAUAGCCUUUUGGAGCUUCCCAGACAAUGAAGAGGAUAUCAGGCUCUACUCUUGUCUGGCCAAUUCUAGUGCUGAUGAAUUUCAGCGAGGGGAGCAGUUGUUCAAGGCAAAGGCAGUCAAAGAUCCCCUUCAGAUAGGAUUUCAUUUGAGUGCAUCUGUGCACACUCACAAUGCAUCCCAGAUCAAAUACCAGUUUGUUGUUGCGAUCACAUUCGACCGCCGUCGUAUUACCUCGUGCACUUGUACAUGCAACUCAUCGGCAUACUGGUGCUCUCAUAUCGUAGCAGUAUGUUUACAUCGUAUACAUUGGCCAAAUCAAGUAACUCUACGAGCACCAGUUAGUGAAAGUUUAUCCCGACUUCAGAGGGAUCAGUUACAGAAAUUUGCACAAUAUCUCAUUAGUGAAUUACCUCAACAAAUCCUUCCUACUGCUCAAAGGAUAUUAGAUGAAUUACUGUCACCACAUCCUUCGGUGAUAAAUUCGGUCAGCGGUGCCCCAGACCCGACAGCCGGAGCAUCAGCAAACGAACAAACAGCGUGGUACCUUGAUGAAAAAACACUUCACGAUAAUAUAAAUAAAAUCUUAAUUAAAUUUUGUGUUCCGGCACCUAUAGUAUUUAGUGAUGUAAAUUAUUUAUCAAAUACUGCUCCUCCUGCCGCAUCAGAAUGGACGAGUUUACUGCGCCCAUUGAGAGGGCGAGAGCCGGAGGGCAUGUGGAACUUACUAUCCAUUGUACGAGAAAUGUUCAAGCGCAACGAUUGCAAUGCACUCCCAUUGUUAGAAAUAAUCACCGAAGAGUGUGUGGCAAUCGAACAGAUUCUUGUCUGGUGGUUCAGCACAAAAGUUGCACUUCAAGGAGGAAGUUUGUCAAGCGGUGGCCAUGGCGGAGGAAAACACUCAAGCAUGAACAGCAACUCACAUUCAAUGCAGCAUGCGUGUGCUUCCCUUUGCGAUGAAAUCGUCAUUCUUUGGCGGCUAGCAGCUCUCAAUCCUGGGAUCUCACCAACAGAGCGUUCUCUCCUUCAAGCUCAGUUCAAGCAGUGGCAUAUUAAAGCUCUAGAUAAGGUGAUGAAGAACAAAAUGCUCAACACUUCAAAUUCUAAGUCAGGUUCAUCGCACAACAACUGGAGAGUGGACAGUGAAGUUUUUAGCGGAUUCAAACCCGCUGUCGAAGCUUGUUUCCUUGACUGGGAAGAUUAUCAGAUUCCCGGUAUUACGUAUAAUGACGUAAGCUGUGGCGGAGCUUGGCUGUACACCACUCAGCCAUUCACCGCUUGUUUCAAACAUAGUGAAUCAGCUUCUCGAACAGAUCAUAUCGUUUUCAAUCCUGUUAGCUCAUCGCAGAUAGUUUUACACUGUGAUCACCACCCUCGUCACCAGCAUGAUUCUCGAGGAAAUCACCACCAUCAUCACGGCUUCCAUGUGCGGCCGAGUCGUUCGCAGAAACAACCACUGCCUGAAAGCUUCCCGUACUGCGGAACUUCCAGAACUGAUAUGUCCCCUUCAGAUUUGAUUUCCUACGACCAUCCAUUGAGCGUGACUCAAGGAUUGAGGCUCAUGUCACGUAUGAAUGAUCUCGCCAAUCUUACAAAUGUAGCUGGAAUUAAUAACUCAAACGAUGGAGAUAAUAGAAGCUCAGUCAGUAGUGAAGGAUUUUGUGAGAAUAAUGGACCAGAUACGCCUCCACCAGUCGAUGCAUCAGAUUCGCAAGACGGAGGUGGAAGUGACUCAUCAUCCAGCUCAGCUCACCUUCGCCACGCCAAAUCCAAGAACAUAUCCUCCUCAUCUACUUCAAAUAAUCGCAGUGGUGAUGAAAGUGAUUACUCUAUGAAAAACAUUCAACUGCCCAGCAGCUCAAAAGAUACCCCAUCUACUUCUAAAACCGACGAUCAAUCUUUGAAGAAAGAUGAUGUUUUUAUCGAAACUACCCAACCAUCAACAACAGCCCCUGUCGUAACAGCCACUACAUCAAAUGCAACCCCUGAAAAUGGUGACAAAAGGCGGCUCUCCAAAGAUGACAGCAUCUCUUCUUCCAAUUCGGACUCACAACAAUCUAACGAGAACGAUUACGCAAUGUACUUAUAUGAUCCUAAGUCAUAUGACACCGCCAAGGCAACUACUUCAGCUAGUAAAAAGGAUGCUAAGCCAGAAAUCUCUGAAACUGCAUUUACAAACCUGAAACUUCCAACAGAUCCAUGGGAUAUUCUUUUCGCCAGAGCUGAAGGAUUGCACGCACACGGUCAUGCUGCAGAAGCAUGUAUCCUAGGUGUUCGACUAGCAGAGCAGCUCCUAACAAACCCGCCUGAUUUAAUGAUAGAAUUACCACCCACACAAACGAAAGGGAAACGUAAGAAGGUCAAUCCGAUUUCUCAUCAGUUGAGCAUGUUAGCCUCUGACACGUUGGCCAAAUGCGCAUUUCUUUGCUCAGUCUUAGCUGAAAAUCAUGAACACUUUCAUCUUGCAUUUAAAGUUGGUCUGUUUGGAUUAGAAAUGCCGCGACCGCCGGCAACAACCAAACCCCUCGAAGUGAAGAUGGCACAUCAAGAAUCAGAACUGGUCGGUCUUCUCAAAAGAAUACCGCUAGGCCAGAGUGAAUUAGACAUAAUCAGAGACAGGGCACAAAAGCUGCAAAGCGGCGUGUUAAAAAGCCGUGGUGAAGCUCUUCUACCCCUCAUGUUAGCCACCUUUAUCAUAGAAACCCUUGUCAUUUCUGGACCAACUCGGCAGUUCAGUCGAAAUUUACGUUUACCGACCGAUGAAAAUCUAGGUUUUGAAGCUGCAGUAGCCGCAAUUGGCCUUAAAGCAAACGUCUCUGAGGCGGACCAUCCUUUGCUUUGCGAAGGAACUCGAAGGCAGAGAGGUGAGCUUGCAAUUACUUUACUGACUUAUUACAAAGACGACCAAAACAAAUUAGCCCGAAUUAUGGACAAAUUGCUCGAUCGUGAAGUUCAUCAAUUGAUCAAAACGCCUGUGCCCAGUUGGUACUAUUCGAACAAUCCCACUGCAAGAUCCAUGUCCAGCCGCUCGAGGCACGAAUCGACCAGAGCUUCAAAUCCAGCCAACUUUGCUUUGAACGAAGUGAACCAUCUACUCGACAGCAACCUCGCAUCUCAUGACUGUCAGCCAGGAUUCAGUGGGAACAUGAACAGCCGUCGUCACAGUCUGACCAGCGGCGACUUGGACAUGAACCUAGAACUUGGCCUCGGUUCCCUAACUCUGAAUGGUCCUGCACCAGGAAUCGCAUGUAGCCCUCAAGCUGUGCCUUGUGUAACUCCAGCUGUUCCGACCACACCCACCACCACCACUACAACCCGCUCGAAAGAAAUGAGGUUCAAAGGAAAACGGGCCUACCCCUCAAUACCGAAUCAACCCUCCGAGGCAGGAGCUCACUUCACUCUUGAACUGGCGAAAAGUAUUUUGCUCAAAGCGGGCGGCAACUCCUCUACUUCCUUGUUCACGCAAGCUCCAUCAUCGCACCCUCAUUUGGGACCCCAUCGUGCGCUCCAAAUGUGCGCCUUUCAACUUGGUCUAUACGGUCUAGGUCUUCACAAUUGCGUUUCGCCAAAUUGGCUGUCACGAACGUACUCAUCUCAUGUCUCAUGGCUAUCAGGGCAAGCGAUUGAAAUAGGUGCACCAGCCAUCAUGUUCCUGAUUGAUACAUGGGAAGGCCAUUUGACACCAACAGAAGCAGUUAGUAUUGCCGAUAGAGCAUCUCGAAAUAUUGAUGCCAACGUUGUUCGUGCUGCAGCUGAAUUGGCCUUAUCUUGUCUUCCACAUUCUCCAGCCCUCAGUCCAGCUGAAAUCCAUCGUGCGGUUCUCCAGUGCAAAGAACAAAGCAAAGCAGCUCUGGAAGCAGCCUGUCUCACUGUUGAAAAUGCCGGCAAGGGAGGUGGAGUAUAUCCUGAGGUAUUGUUUACUGUAGCGCGGCACUGGUAUGAAUUGUACUUGCAAACUUUGAAGGAUAAGCGCUCCAUGUCACAUGAACCUGAGGUUUUAGAAGAGGCCGCUCAAGAUCCGAUGGAACAUAUGAACCAAGCGCAAAACCCCAUGGUCCACCACUCGCCCCCACCUCCACCACCUCCUCCUCCAAUACAGCCUGCGUACUACCCUGUGGAACAGCUCUCCCCUUUCACUGUGGCCACUCCAUACGGACUCACAGCAUUCCAACCUGUUCAGUACGUACGGCACACUCGGCACACGCAUCAUCCUCACAUGGCCAUGCGACCUCCACCUGCAGCCAUCUACGUUCCACCGACAGCUAUUACGUACCGUCCCCAUGCGGCUAACCAGCCUGUUGCCUCUGGCUGUAUCCCUGUCACAUCCGUCGGCCAGUCAGCUCCGCCACUUCAAUACUUUGUUCCCUCGGGUCACCAUAUUUUGCCACCGUCUUUACCUCAGUUUGAACCGCAACCAGUGACAAAUAGCUCUCCCCAGAGUAUGAUGAUGCUCACUUCUGCCAAUGGUCAGCCACCUAACCAGCAAAUGGUUCCGCAGCCACAGCUCAAGCCUCAACGAUUUUCCCAAACACAAUUACGAUACUUGUUAUCCGCUUACCGUGUUGGAAUGCUCGCUCUUGAGACCCUCUCCAGAAGGGUUCAUGAUGAUAGACCAAUCAGCAAAUAUGCUAGGAACCCUCCUUAUAGUGAAGAUAUCAAAUGGCUUUUCAACGUUUCUACUGAAUUGGGAUCUCAGUAUGUGCUAAAAUUCUGCUUCUCUGCAGUCAACAGUGUUGUUAGUCCAUUCAUUUUGCAUGAAGUAGCUUUCGAAGCUGCUCAGUAUUUGUCACGGAACAAUCAUGCGUUGUACAUUCAGCAUUUACGAUCAACUCUAGCACCUCUUAUGCAGAAAUGUCAGCAAAUGUAUAUACAAUGUAUGCAUCAGCAGCUGUAUCACUUGGGGCCGAAUGAGUAUGAAGACUUCAUCAAUAUCAUCCUCACGGCACGAGCAGCUUUCCAAAUCACACCUGAUGCUAGCAUGCAGUUUAAAGAAUGGCUUCAGUCAAUUCGCAGAUCUAAAUCCUGUAAAAAAGAAUUAUGGACACAACUUAACGCUGCUCUGAUGACUAGCGGGAAAUGACAGUGGUGUGAUGUCAGCGUGCAGUUCCCCUCACCUGCGCUCUCAUCACCGAUGGCUAAUUGGGGUUUUACCACUCCGACCCCAAAUUGGUAAAAUACUUUAGCCAUCUCAAUUCGUCUAGGUCAAAUUUUACUCAACGACUGCUCUCUUCCUCCUAUCUACUAUGAAUAAACGAGAAAUCUCAAUCUCUCCUCUUUGUUCUUAAAUGUAUAUUCUCUCCAGUUUCCUCCUUCACUUCCUCUUGGUUUUUAAAUUCAUUUUUCAGUCAAAAACGCAUGCCGAUAUAGAUUUUAUUCUUGUUUUCUUAUUUAUGAAACUUUUUUUUUCCUUUCGUCAAAUUUGUUUUUUUUUAUUCUAAUUUUAUUCAAUUUUAUUUUAGAAAAGAUUAUAUAUAUAUUUUUGUCUUAUAAAGAGAGAAAGUUGAAAGUAGAUAUUUUAUUAUAGUCAAUUUAUAGUUAAAUUUUUUACAUCCUGUGUUUUAUUUAUUUCUUUAUUUUAUCUUAUUUUUAUUUUGUAAUCUAUGCUUUUUUUUUCCCAUUGUCUUUUUUCCCCUUUUAUUUUCUUUAAAUCGAGUCAUUUUCUAAUCAUUUAGUGAAUUUUGUCAAAUCAUUGUUCCCUUAGUGUUUGUGGCAUUCAGUCCAGCUUGAAAAGAGGUUUACUUAACCAUGUAUUCUGUAAUCGACAAGGAGCCUCUACUUAACUAGGAGGUAAAGCCUAUCAAGAGUCGAAUUUCUGCUGGUGGAUUUGAUUGAGUUUUUUACGUACUGCCAACUUCCUUUACAACAAAACAAAAUUUUCUCCAGCCGACAGUGCGCCUGUAACAAUUGCUUUUCAUGCUGGGCACAAUGAUGACCACAUUCAAAAUUGAAUCUCUCGGUUCGAAAAAGACCCAUCUCGAAAAAAUGGAAUUUUCCAAGAGAUGAUAAAAACUGCACAACAGUCAGAAAAGGUGUAUUUCUACGCAAAAAAAAUGAACAUCGUAAAAAAGCCAAGUUGAGUCGUUUUUAAACUAAGAGAUUCAAUUCUAGGAUCAAACUCUGAAAAGUGGAUGGUUGCAAACGUUAGCCAAAAUUCAUGAAGGACCUGAGUUUACUUCUUGAUUUCAGCAGAGCAUUUUUCUCCUUCGAGUUUCAACCCUGCCCAUCUGGUCGAAAAAGUUGACCAAAUUCUCUGGCAGAAAUUCACCUCACAAGGCUCUUUGCCAGCCUUUAUUCAAGCUUCUUGUCCAUCAGUCAGUAUUCAUAAAAAAAAAAAUCAUCAGCGUUAAAGUUACUUAGGGUAUAUUUCAUGCAUGAUUGACUUUUUCACGUAACUUUUUAACAGCAAUGUCUGUAAAUUUCUAGUCUCUGCUCUGUGAGUAUUUUAUUGAUUGGUCCACUCUAUUUUCUUCUUUCUAGAAGGGGGGACUUACAUUCUAAUUUAUUCUGGAAUUUUUGCAUCGUAUUUAUUCUACAUGCAUGAUUCUUUAAGUUGAAUUAUGCAUCUCAAAAUAUUUAAAAGAUAUUUUACCUAUAAUUUCAGAUUUUUUUUAUAAAUUUUUCCCUCUUUUAUUUCUCCCUUGCAUGAUUAUUUUAAUGAAAAAUGUGGAUAAUACUUCUUCAGUCGUCCAAAAGUAUAAAUUUCUGAACGGAUGUAAUGAUUUCAAGUCUCUGCUUGUAACUUAAUGCUCAUAAUUUAGCUCUGCACUCUAUAAAGAACCCUAAGUUACAGAAUUUUUAUUCUAAUCGCAAGAGAAAAGAGAAAAUUUUUUUGGGGCUUUUAGACUCUCAUAAAAAUGUCCCUGGAGCAAUUCUCAAGAGGAACCCUUAAAGAAUGCAAUGUUGCACAGUCAAAAAAUAUAAUUUCUUGUACUUUUCAUUUUCAUAUCCAAGUUUCCUUUUUCUUUAAGACUCUUGCAAAACCGUAAUUGAUUUCACGUUUAGGAAUUUAGAUAGAAUGUGUAUCUAAAGUAAUAUCGUAUGAUAAAAUUCUACUCAAUGAUUUCAAAACUACUUUCAAAGCUCCUAGAACUUCCCUCUUAUUAUUUAAAUAAAGUAGGCAAUUAUCUCAAGAACCGUAGCAGCGUGUUUCCAUCUAUCGCAUUGGCUCCACUGUUCCUUCUCUCCCAAAACUUGCAGUAUAUGUACUUGAAAUUAUAUUUUACUAGGUUAAGACUCUUCUUAUGCGAUGCCACAAAUACUUAUUUAUUAUCAUUGAAAUAUUUAUUUCAUAUUAAUUAAUUAAUUCUACACACAUUCUUACACGUCCACUUUUACACCACACAUACACAGACACACCUUGACAGACGCAUACAUGUUAAUAUAUAUAAUGAAAAUGAAUUAAAUUCAUUAUCUCUAUGUAAAUUUUAAUGACGGAUUUUUAAAGAAUUAAUUAACUAUAUGUACACUUAUAUAUUACGAAUAAUUACUAUAAAAAAUAUUUUUAGGGAAUUGUUAACAGAGGUUUGCUUCCAUUUAAAGUUAUAUUUUUCUAUAUACAGCAUGAUUACGUUAGCUCUAAGAUUUUAUUUACAUUGAAAAGAGAGUGAACAGGAACUUUGAAUUGCUUUGCUUUUUGUAGUAGAACGACGUAAGCUCAGCUGGACCUGAGAUAGCCCUCUACCAAAAUCUAUCGUUUAAUUGUAAGAGACUUUUUUAUAUUUCUAAUGAAAACCUUAGAUCAUGGUUUGAAAAUCCUUGUGGUUCCUGGUCGUAUUCAGAGGAAAUUUGAUUUUAAGGUGGACUGACUUAUUCCAGCGUAAUAAAAGGUUGUGCUAUUUUAAUUAUUUUAAAUAUGGACAAACUUUCAACUAUGAAGGGGAAAGGGUUGAUAAAUUUGCAUUUUCUUCAGAAUUUCUUCGCUGACAUUACUCAUUUAGACAUGCAUUGUUUUAAAAUUACUUAUCUCCCCCAAUUUAAGUUCUUAGUCCAAUGUCUAAAGUGACAAUGAAUGUAAACAAAUAUCAAAUGUUUUCUCCCUCUCCGCCUAACCCUUUUUCCUUUGUACCAAUUAUUAUUUUUAGUCAAAUUGAGAGAACGGAUAGACUUUUUUUCACCACUUUUACUUGAUAAAUUUUCUGAAGAACUUAAAGUCUUUGACUUGAAUAUUCUAGAACUCCGCCUGUUUACCGAAAUGCACUGUUGGCAACUGCGUUGCUGUGAUGACAUAUUUUUAGAAAUAACACUUAUUUAUAGUAAAAAUAUUUUGACUCUAAUAUUUAUAAUUACUUAUCCUUUAUCAAUGUUUUUUAAAUUCGAUUGUCCUGGAGUUGCAACACUUUUACAACCAACUCAGGGCUUCUUUUUGUCAACACUUUCAGCUAUUGCUUUUCCCAGAGGAAACAAAAAAUUGACUAAUUUUAUCUAUCGCCUUUACAAAGAUAAUUUGUGGAAGUAAUAAGGGAUAAUGUAGUCAAAAUCCUAGUUGCCAACAUUACAUUUGCCUACCCAUCUGUAUCAACAUGGUAAAUUGCCGAGAAUUCCAAAAUUGCAACUUUUGUAUUUUUUAAAAUUUUACUGAACCAAUGUUUAACUGAUAACUUAUUGUACUGACUACAUUCAAGUUUAAGCAAACCUCUGUUUUUAACAUAACACUCAUUUUUGUAGUAUUUUAAACUUAUUGCUUUCUUCUUCGUGGUCGGUCAUUAGACUUGAUUGAUCUUGAUUUUCGACUUCAACGACAGUUUUCAUUGGAUUCAAGUAUGUUCUUCAAGGAACAUAGCAUUAAAAGACUUCAAAUGAAAAUUUGGUAUCAUCUUCCGUAGAAACUUCUUAGCCAAAAUCAGUGCGCCCAAACAAAAAUAAUUUAUAUCGAUUUUCGUUUUUAGGUAUAGAAAGUUGCAGAAAUACUAACAUUUAUGUUUUUUAGUGAAAACUUGAGGAGGGAAAAUUCUGAGUCCAAAGUUUUAUUCUCAAUUGGACCAGGUUUAUGAGGCAGCAACCAAUCUACAUUUUAAAAAAAAAGGAAAUUGAGAUAGUUUUGAGCUCAAUUAGUUUUAUACUUCUUCCUGUCAAAAAUUUCCAGCAGAAGAAAAUAGAUUUGUUUGCAAAAAAAAUGGGUUGAGAUCUAUCUCUUACGUCAACUUUCAUGUAGAAUGAAAGCCUUAAACCUCUUCUUCUCAUUUACACCUUCCUAACUGUGAGUUCGUUCCUGCUAAACUCAUUGUCAAUUCAUCUUCAACUCUCUCACUCAAAAUUCCCUUUUAAAUGUCAGAUUUCUCGUCCCCCCUGCCCUUGAUUUGAGAUUAUUUCUUAACAAUGCUCCCCUCUGCCCCCUCUUUAAAGUUCAAAAUGAGUUUAGCAAACUGAAAAUUCAGUUCAAUAAUUUUUUUAAAACAAUUUUCUUUCUGUAGAAGAUAAUAAAAACGAGGGAAAAAUUACCAAGUCAUAAAAGCCAUAACUGGCUUAAGAAUAGUCAACUCUAAUAAACCCCUUUUCUAAUGCCAAUUUUCAACACAUCUGAACUGAUGCGUUCCAUAAUUCCUGUUAUGUUGUCGGCUACAUUACUUAUGGUUUUUUUUGUGUUCCUUCUCUUUUAAAUUCAACAAAUAUUAGGAAUGUCUUUCUGACAUUUAGUCUUUCACAAACCCACAAUAAAAAAUGUUAAUUUUCGUCAAAGCAUGAAAAAUUAUAAAUUUUUAUCAAAGCAUACAAAUUAUUAAUUUUUAUCUAAGCAAAACAAAUUAUUAAUUGCUGUUGAAACAUGAAAAACUCUAAUUCUGAUUCUCUGAAUCUUUGAAUCAACAUAGGAAAGCAUUCACUCUUUCAUUGACACAACGCAAAGUUUUUUCCUCUUUUAUGUUUUCUUUACUAUGCCUUUUUUCUUCUCAAUUUGAUAAUCAGCAUGGUAAUUAGCAUUGUUUAUUUCCAAAGGCUAAGUAGAAAAAUAAAUUUAAGACCAAAUACUCAAUGAACUAAUGAAAUAGCUGGAUAGGUCUAUGUUUUUUUUUUGGUUCAUAACAAUAAGACGCCAUCGUGCAGUAAUUCCUAAUCUGGCUUUUUGCAAUGUUCUAUUUAGGCAUGCCAAACAAAAUUAAUCCCUUGCAACAUGUCAUCUGACAUAUUCUUUAUAUUAUGUCAUGAAAAAAGAUCAAGAGAGAUCGUUGUGUUUCAAGUUAUUGAAAGCAUUAACAUCUUUAGCAGAUCAUCUGAAAUCAGUGCUUCUUUUUGGAUCUCUUAAAAAAACUAGGAACAUGAAUACGUUCUUGGGAGCGUUAGUAUUAGGCAUUGUGGGCAUUAGCAGGUCAUAUCUGCAUGGUUUAGGUCAUAUCUGCAUGGUUUUAACAAGUCAUUAACACUUGUUUGUUUCUGCAGCUUUCCAAAUCUCCUCUGAAGUUGUACGCUCUUGUGUAAUUUUCAAAUUUACUGGAACAAAGCAAUACUAAUUUAAGGAUGUAAAUGUAUAAAAUAUGCCUUUGUAAAUGUGCAUCCUUUUUAUCUCUGCUUACAUUUCUUUGUCUCAUUCGCUUUAAACCUCCUUUCUUUCUUUCUUUUUUUUCUUGCGUUUUUGCCUGCACUGUGGUUCUCUUUCUCAGAAAUAGUUGAAAAAUAGCAGGAUUUGAUGUGGCCCAUGGAUUAAAUGACAAUGCAAAAGCCUUAAUUUUUGGCCAUGUGUGUGUAUCCUUAUGCUCUCGAAGCAGCCACCAAAUGUCAAGUAAAAACUAAAUGGGAAGGGGGUUAAGAAAGUAAGUUCCUCCUCAGCUCUAAAUGUUCAUCUUUGUAGGGAAAAGUAAUAUUAUGACAUCUCAUAGUGACAGCAGGCCCCAAUUCAAACAAAUAAUCUUGAUUGCUGAAAUAGUCAGCUACCAAUCAUUUAAUAAGUGAUGGGUCUGAACUUAUGAUGAUCGCAAUUUAUAACAGACUGCCUAUGCGUGGAAAAAUAGCACUUUAAAAAAACCCAGCUGUUGUCAAGCUAAAAUGAAAAAUAAAUUCAUAAGUAACUUCAAAAACAUGUCUGAUUGAAGUUAAAGUAAGGUAAACCAGUUAGUUCUUCCAUCAGUUCAAUCAUGAUAAUUUGUUUGCAUUGAUUCCAACAAGCUCCAUGGAUGCUCCAAGCUUAUUAAAUGGUGAAGCUAAUAAGCGAUGUAAAAUGCCUUGGUGACUCUUUCCCUACAAAAAUACCCUACACGGGAUCGUAGCUUUUUCUUUUCUUCUCCUCUUAAAUAUUGAAAUAAAUAUUCAAAACCAUUCUGCACUUCUCAUUAUAAUUUUUUGUAAAGUUUUGAUUAUCAAAACCUGUCCUCGGUCAUAGAGUCAUAUCAGGAUAUUACUUUUCCAAAGUAAAACAAACCGUAUGAUUUGGCUAAUUUACAACCUAUUACUCAAUUGAAAAUGAAGAGCUCCGAAUAAGAGUGUUUGAUAUUUUUGCUUUAAGUCUUCUUAACGCUCGCUGUAUCUGAAUGUAUUCCCAGGUAUUUGUGUAUGAUAAUCCUGAUUUUAAUCUAGUGUCAUGAUAUCACCAUCUCGAUCUGAUGCUGCAAGCAAAUUUCUCGGAAAAUUGGUCUUACCAUCGUUUAAAUGUUUCUUGCUUACAGUUCACUGAAAGAAGACAUCGCUUGCUUAUAAUUUUGUCUCCUAUUUGUAUGUGUUUUGUUUGCAGCUUUUUUCUGUGAGUUUGAUUUGAAAAUGGUAUUCCUCUAGAUGUAGUAGAAUUGUCAAUCGAUCAAUCGUAUCCUAAUUUUAAGAGCAUUUUAUUGUAAAUAUUCAUAGUAUAUUCAAUGCGUUCAAAAUUUUCUCCGGAUGUAUCCACUCAUUUAUUCCGUGUCUUUUAGAGUGGCAUGUCAUAAAGAUAUUUAUUACCGAGAAUCGAUUUAAAAUCAAAUAAAUAGAUAUACCAACUUUCA